AUGUUUCAAGGCCCCGAGGAGCCGCUAUCUAACCUUGCCGAUCGACUGAAAGGGAAGCACUGGGAUUUCACUUCCAUCGGGUUCGGCGUCCGAGGCUUCGCGAAUGGAACAGCUACGACUCGAUUCGAAGACAUCUCAUACCUGUUCGGUGAGUUGGCACCUACGGCGCCAAGUGUAUACAAUUGGGGCCCUACGUCGUUUGCCGAAGCCGUCACUAGGCGUGUGAAACUCACCGAGGAUUGCACCGAUAAACCUGGAAAGCUGCUUGGAUACGAAGAGCUCUGCGAUCCAAGCAUCUGCGAGAAGACUACCAACAUCUUGGAUGGAGAUUUGGAUAAGCUCACGUUCGACGAGAACUAG